AGGCGGUGACUCUCCACCAUGGUGUUGAAGUUCCACAACAUGAAGUAUGCACCUCUGAUGGUGUUUCAAUUGGUGCUGCUUGUGCUGUACUUCCUCUUCGCAAAAUACGGCGGCGACAAAGAUGUCGGAAUCAGAGGUUUUGAAGAUACACAUGUGAUGAUAUUCAUCGGUUUUGGCUUCCUUAUGACCUUCCUCAAGAAAUACUGCUACAGUGCUCUUGGUUUCAACUGGCUCCUAGCUGCUUUGGUUAUUCAGUGGGCACUACUCUGUCAGGCCUUUUACCACAUGAAGGACAAUACAAUAUAUAUCACUAAGAAAUCUCUGUUGGAGGCGGACAUAAUGUCUGCAACGGUUCUCAUUACAUUUGGAGCGCUUCUGGGUAUUGCCAGCGGUGUCCAGUUACUGUUCAUUGCUAUAGUGGAAGUCGCUGUCGCUUCUCUCAAUUUUUGGCUUGCUGAGGAUAUUUUCAAAGUGUCAGAUGUUGGUGGCUCAAUGGUAAUCCAUGCUUUUGGUGCCUACUUUGGUCUCGGUGUAAGUCUUGCUUUGAAAGCCAAACCAAACACUGCUGAUGCCAAUACUAAUAAUGUACCUACGGUUGAUCUCAACGGGCCAAGCUAUAUUUCUGACGUCACAGCUAUGAUAGGAUCAAUAUUCCUAUGGAUUUAUUGGCCCUCUUUCAACUCUGCUUUGACUAGUUCUGAUGAAGAAUACCAAAGGGCCGUGAUUAACACAUAUUUGUCGUUAGCUGCUGCGACGGUGACGACGUUCGUCCUUUCAUCGGCUGUCAGCAAACACCACGGAAGGUUCGACAUGGUCCACGUGCAGAACUCUACGCUGGCGGGUGGAGUUGCCGUUGGUGCUAUUUGCAACAUGCACAUUAGUCCAGGAGGUGCAAUCGCCAUUGGAAUUGGAGCCGGAUUACUCAGUGUCCUUGGUUAUAGGUUUUUGACGCCAAAACUUGCGAGCAUCGGUAUACUGGACACUUGCGGUGUGAACAAUCUCCACGGCAUGCCAGGACUGUACUCUGGACUCUUGUCAGUCCUCUUUGCUGCACUCGCAACGAAAGAGAAAUAUGGAGAAACAGAUCUUUUCAAUAUAUUUGAAGCCAUGGAGGGCGGCAGAACUGCGGCGAAUCAAGCUUUGUACCAGUUUAUAGCAUUAGCAGUCACAUUGGUACUGUCUCUUGUUUCCGGAUAUAUAACAGGACUUUUGACGAAGCUGCCCAUUUUCGACUCCCUCAAGGACACCGAGAAAUACGAUGACGAAAUUAACUGGGAAUUACCUUAAUCGAGUUUUCAUUAGCAGCGUCUUCAUUUACAUUUGAACUUAAAUGGUAUUAAUCCUUUUUGGGAGCAGUUCCUCUUGUAAGAAGGAUUAAACUCUUGUUAAUGCUUAGAAUUGUAGGUCGGAGCGCUUCCUUACAUUUUAAUUUACAGUACGAAUUAUACUUACCGAGAGAUUUUCGAUUUUGCAUUUUUCAAUUUAAUAACGUAAGAGCUUUGGUUAAUAGGACUUUUUCAUAAUUAUAACGAUGCUAGCGCCUUCAUAGUUUAUGUGAACACGUUAGUUUUUAAAAU